AUGAAGGUGUCGACAUUUGAAUGCAAAGCACAUUACAAAGACACUUUGCUGAACUCAAGAUAUAGCCUGGCCAUACUGUCGCGAUUAGCUUUCUACGAAGAUGAUGACUACGGCGUCGCUGCUCUGGUGUGGAGAUUUGAAUUAGGCCAGCCAAAUGCCCAACAUCAGAAUGGAGGUGGUGGAUAA